GAGCCUCGCUGGCCCAGGCCAGCCAUCGCACAGGCACGUGCUUGUUUGCGAGGCUUUCACAGCGCAUCUGCGCUGAAAUCCCCCCUGCAGCCCCAACAUUUUGGCUUGUAAUUUGCAAUGGUUGUUUCUGCUCCGACCAACGACGGGCUAAAGCAAAAAUCAGGAUAUACCAUUCCCGUGGCGCGACUUCGAUGGUCACUCGUUCUCUUCUUUUGGUAGCUCUGGAUGGCAUCGCCCAGAACACCCACAUGGCAGUCACUGUUGAUCGAGGCCACUUGCACUCGGAUGGUUGCAGUGAAAUUUGCCUCUGUCUCGAUUCCCCACCGGUGGAGCCAGCGCCGCGUGGUGAGCAUCAUGGGCGCCAUGGCCGAGGCCGAGGUGCAGGAGCCGGACAUGGUCGACGACGUGGAGCUCCAGAACCAGAUCGGCAGCAUCGACAUCUUCAGCUGCAUCCUGUACCUCAGCAUUCGGGGUCUGAGGCCACGGGAUCCGAGGAUAACUUCGCACCGGAGGAGGGCACGGACAAGCGUUCUGCGGGCUUCGAGUUGCUUCAAUAUGGUGUGCCAGUUGGUGCGAUCAGCAGGGCACCGAGGACGGCUACGACGACGUCGUGAUCCGUGGGUCCGAGGGUGACUCUUCGCCGGAGGAGGGCAUGGACAGUAGGUCUGCGGGCAUCGACUCUCUUCCAACUGGUUCUCUCCGUCGGGAUGCGCCUGGAUUUCACUCCGCCGCCACGGCUCGCAGUGCCGAGCCCCAGUAUGAGCUUCAAUCUCAGCCAGAGCCUGCUGACCCCGCACAUGUUGUGACUGAGAGCGUACCUGGUCCAGAGUGCAUUCAGGCUGCUGAGAACAAGGUUACCAUCUUGGCAGAGAUGGCGUUGCAUCCAGUUUCCCACGAUAUGGACAGUGCUGCAGCUGAGCAGCUUCUCGCAGCGGUCGAGCGGUUCAAUGUUCUGGAGGCCGAGGCCAUCGCUGCUCUUGCUACCGCGAGGAUUUUCACGCAGACUUCGUCGUCUACCGCCGCCACGCCCACUUCGGAAGAUUUCUCAGGCCGGGUUGAAGCUGCCAAGAAAGAGCUGGUGAAAACCAAGAUCAAGUUCCGCCGGUGGAUUGACUUGUUGCGGGCCAGGCGCAUGUUGCCGCAACGCUGAUAUCCUUGUCACUUGAUUGUUUUGCGACGCUGGGUACGAGUGCGUAGCAUGGCGUGCUGUGAGAACGGGCGGCGCAGGUUUGACGCGUCUGAGUGUUGCUGGUCGUGGCUCGAAUUCCUGGUCCUGGUCCGCGGUUCGGCCCUUGUGGGCCCUGUUUCUGGGGUGGCCCUUGUGGGCUUUUUGUUGUCCAGGGCGCCCUUUGCCCAAGCUCCCCCCCUGCGGGCCCUCCUCCUCGUUUUUUCUCUUCCUCUCCUGCGCCCCCCCCUCUUGGGGGGGUGCGCGGGCUUUGGGCUGCCCUCUCCGUGUGGCUCGUGGUCUGGGGGGGCCCUCGUCGCCGCCGUCCCCAUCCCGCUCUGUCUCGCCAUUUUCUUAGUCUUAGGCUUCGACGCUCCGCCUUCGACCGAACCGAACCGAG